AUGGCUUAUAGUAAUUUCGAAGAAUUCCGAGCACCUUUGAAGUAUUUCAAGUGUUUAAAGAAAUUGAUAUUCAGCUAUUGUGAGAACCUCAAGAUAUCUCCCAAGUUUGCUGGUUUACAUCUUCUUGAGGAAUUAUCCUUUAGUGGUUGUCUAAAUUUGAUGGGGUUAGACUCAACAAUUGGAGAUUUGGAGAGACUUUGUAGUCUCAAUUUGACAUCUUGUUGUAACAUAUGGAAACUUCCAGAUAGAAUCUGUGAUUUAAAAUCACUUGAAAUCCUGAUCCUCGACGGUUGCUCAAAACUGAAAGAAUUGCCUGAUGAUUUGGGCAAGUUGGAAUGUCUAAGAGAAGUGCAUGCCGCGGCCACAGCUCUCACAUUCAAAGAACUUGGAGAUGCUAUUGCUAUGACAAGACUACUAGCUUAUUGUUGGGUGUGUGAACGAAGUCCCACAUGA